AUGGCGUGGCUCGAACAACGACUGGGGCAGCAGCCAUAUGCAGGGGUCACUCACCUCUUUGUCAACCUGGGAUCAGCUCACCCAGCUUUCCUGUCAGCUUUCGCCUCAGGAUCACAUCCCAAACUUCAGCUUUUCACGUCUCCCAAUGAGAUGAACGCGUUAUCAGCAGCAUCUGGGUUCGCACAACUCACAGGGAGGCCAGCUGCUGUGCUUGUCCACGUCGAGUGCGGUACUCAAGGUCUUGCCGGAGCGGUUCACAACGUCAGUAAAGGACGGAUACCUGUCGUCAUUCUGGCGGGAACAGUCCCCAUUACUCAAGAAGGAGAGCUUAGAGGCAGCAGGAAUGAGUACAUUCACUGGAUCCAGGAUGUUCCAGACCAGAGGGCAAUUGUUCGGCAAUAUAUGCGUUACGAGCAUGAAAUUCGGACACCUUACAAUGCUAAGCAACUGGUACUCAGAGGGUUGCAAUUCGCGACUUCAACUCCCCAGGGCCCGGUGUAUCUAAUUGCGGCACGCGAGACAUUGGAAGCAGAAAUUCCUAUAGACAGCACGGUCAAGGCUUCACAAGAUCCCUCUAAGACCACCAGUUUAGAGCUUACGGGCCUUUCUCCUAAGGCACUUGACGAGUUAGCUGAAGCUUUGUUGAAGGCCAUGAGUCCGCUAAUAGUCACUAGUUACUGUGGCAGAUCUGCUGAAGGGUUUGAAGGACUGAAAGACCUGGCAAACCUACUUGCCAUUCCAGUUCACGAAAACGCUCCUAUAUACAACAAUUUCCCCACCACAUCAUCCUUGCAUCAGGGCCAUCAAUGGAACGGUGGUGGCCAAUUGCCAGCACUUGCUGAGGCAGAUCUCGUCCUUGUGAUUGACGCGGAUGUCCCGUGGAUUGCAGCUCAGUCCAGGCCAAGCGAAAGCGCGAGAAUAUAUCAUCUAGACUCGGAUCCGCUCAAAGAAGGCACUACGCUGUGGACCCUUCCAUGUGAGAAGAGAUGGAAGUGCGACUCGAGUCUGGCUUUGCAACAACUGGCAGAGACGAUCCGUUCCAAGCAAGAACUAGUUGCCUCGGAAACACAAACGCGGAUCAAAGCAAGAACCGACCGCCUCAUGAAGAGAUUUGCAGCGCGACAAUCAAGGCUAUUAAAGGCUGAAACAUCUCUGGCGCAUUCCGGAAGGCUCACGGUACCUUACUUCAUGGCACAUCUGAGAGACGCAUGCUCCGGCAUUCGAGUAGUGGGUUUGAACGAAUCGACUACCAAUCUUGGGAAUGUGGCGAAUCAUUUGCAUCACUCCGAGGCCCACACACUGAUAGGUAGCGGAGGCGGAAGCCUGGGGUGGUACUCUGGUGCUGCAGUUGGUGCGUCUCUCGCCCUUCGUUCCGUGGGCAGAGAGGACGACCUGAUCGUUGCAUUUACUGGUGAUGGAACGUGGCUCUUUGGGGUUCCGAGCUGUGCAUACUGGAUGGCGAAGAAUAUCAGACUCCGUACUUGA